AGGACCGCGAGACAGUCACCGCGAGAGGGCGCGAGCCCGAACCUGUCUACGGAAAUCCCGCCCUCACUUCCGGCGGCGGAGGAUUGGGAGGGACUGAAGGCCGCUUCCGGCUCUGGUAGUGUAGGGGCUUCGGCACGUGUGUCAUUCCCCGGGAUUUCUGUAGUAACCCUGCUUCUGGUGAACUUGUCUGGCCGGCAUUCAUUUAAGGCCUAAGGAUGAAAGCGAGAAGAAAUAAAAAACAGAUCCCAAGCUUUCGCAAGUUAAUAAAAACUAGUAAAGUCAAACUUGAAAACAAGCUAAAAAAUAAGCAGUUUAAACAACAAAGCACUCUCAAGAAGUACCGAAAAGAACAGAGGAAACUAAGGCAAGCUGUGAAAGAUGCUGUGUCUAAGAAACCCAUUCCAUUGGAGAACCCAAAGGAAAAGCGACCAGGUAAAAGGAUUGAGAGGGAAGAAGAGGAAGAAGAAGAAGCCCUUCCUUUAGAUAUGAUGGAUGAAGAUGACUUACAGUUAAUGAAGGAUUUAGGACAAAGAGCAUCUUUUCUAACAAGAGAUCUUUCUUCUAGUGAGCCUGUUCAUGCGAAGAAACGGAAGCAUGAACGCAUUAUAGAUAAAUAUGAAAAAAUACCAAGAACUCUGCAAACUGCACCAGAGAAGGAACUGAUUCAUUUACUUCCUAUCAAAGAUAAAAGUGGUAUAAUCCCACAGACUAGGGAGAAGCCAGUUACUGAUAGUAACAAAGAUGAAGAGGAUCAAGAAGAAGAGAGGGAACUUGAGGAAGAGAUCAUUGAAGAUCCUAUUCAAGAGCUGACCAUAGAAGAACAUUUGAUUGAGAGAAAGAAGAAAUUACAGGAGAAGAAGAUGCAUAUUGCAGCCUUGGCAUCUGCCAUAUUAUCAGAUCCAGAAAAUAAUAUUAAAAAAUUGAAAGAAUUACGUUCUAUGUUGAUGGAACAAGAUCCUGAUGUGGCUGUUACUGUUCGAAAGCUGGUAAUUGUUUCUCUGAUGGAGUUAUUUAAAGAUAUUACUCCUUCAUAUAAAAUCCGGCCCCUCACAGAAGCAGAAAAAUCUACUAAGACCCGAAAAGAAACCCAGAAGUUAAGAGAAUUUGAAGAAGGCCUGGUUAGCCAAUACAAGUUUUAUUUGGAAAAUCUGGAACAAAUGGUUAAAGAUUGGAAGCAGAGGAAGCUGAAGAAAAGUAAUGUAGUUUCCUUAAAGGCAUACAAAGGACUGGCAGAAGUCGCUGUGAAGAGCUUGUGUGAGCUGUUGGUGGCACUACCUCAUUUUAACUUUCACAACAACAUCAUCGUAUUGAUUGUCCCUCUCAUGAAUGACAUGUCAAAAUUGAUAUCUGAAAUGUGUUGUGAAGCUGUGAAGAAACUCUUUAAGCAAGAUAAAUUAGGCCAAGCUUCUCUUGGUGUAAUUAAAGUGAUUUCUGGUUUUGUGAAGGGCAGAAAUUACGAAGUUAGGCCAGAGAUGUUAAAAACAUUUUUAUGCCUAAGAAUCAAGGAAGUAGAAGUGAAAAAAGAUACAGAAGACAUUAAUAAACCAAAAAAAUUUAUGGCUUUCAAAGAAAAGAGAAAAUCUCUAUCAAGAAUGCAGAGAAAGUGGAAGAAAGCAGAAGAGAAACUAGAGCGAGAGCUUCGAGAGGCAGAAGCUUCAGAGAGUACUGAGAAAAAACUUAAACUGCACACAGAGACUCUGAAUAUUGUGUUUGUAACCUACUUCAGAAUAUUGAAGAAGGCCCAGAGGUCACCUCUCCUGCCAGCAGUUCUAGAAGGUCUUGCCAAGUUUGCUCACCUUAUAAAUGUGGAAUUUUUUGAUGAUCUGUUAGUAGUUCUUCAUACUCUCAUUGAGUCUGGUGACCUAAGCUAUCAAGAAAGUCUUCACUGUGUCCAGACUGCUUUUCAUAUUCUUUCUGGACAAGGUGAUGUUCUGAAUAUUGAUCCAAUGAAAUUCUACACACAUCUCUACAAAACACUGUUCAAAUUACAUGCAGGUGCUACCAAUGAAGGUGUUGAGAUUGUACUCCAGUGCCUUGAUGUCAUGCUAACUAAGCGCAGAAAGCAAGUUUCUCAGCAGCGAGCUCUUGCCUUCAUCAAACGCCUUUGUACCCUUGCUCUUCAUGUUCUUCCAAAUUCAAGUAUUGGCAUUUUAGCAACUACCAGAAUAUUAAUGCAUACUUUCCCCAAAACAGAUCUACUGCUUGACAGUGAAUCUCAGGGAAGUGGAGUUUUCCUUCCUGAACUGGAUGAGCCUGAGUACUGCAAUGCUCAGAACACUGCUCUGUGGGAACUGCAUGCUCUGCGGAGGCAUUAUCAUCCCAUAGUGCAGAGAUUUGCAGCCCACCUGAUCGCUGGAGCACCUUCUGAAGGCUCUGGAGCACUCAAACCAGAGUUGAGUCGAAGAUCUGCUACUGAACUUUUUGAGGCAUAUAGCAUGGCAGAAAUGACAUUCAAUCCUCCUGUUGAAUCUUCAAACCCCAAAAUAAAGGGUAAAUUUUUACAAGGGGAUUCAUUUUUGAAUGAAGAUUUAAAUCAGCUAAUCAAAAGAUACUCCAGUGAAGUUGCUACUGAAUCGCCUCUGGAUUUCACGAAAUAUUUGAAAACAUCACUACACUAGUAGAGGAAUGAAGUCAGUGGACUUUCUUGUAUAUUUGUGUGUGCAGAUGUACAUAAAGAUGAGUUGUUAACUAGGAUCUUUUCUUUUUAUACAAGGAAAGCUUCCUAAGAAUGUCUAGGAAGAGGAGGAAGAAUGACCCUUUGCAUGGCACAGGGUUCUGCCCCUAUUCUGAAUAUGUCAUUCCAUCAAGGAGAUCAAAAGCCUUUUUUCCUCCCCAGUAUUUGGAAAUUACUUUCUUGAUGAUGCUGCCUUUUAAAAGCUUCACGUACAUUAUAGUUUUUUAAAAAAAUCUUUGGACUGGAUCUUACUGAAGUGCAGUUGCUAUAUUAAAAUUAGGGCAUAGAGCACAGAAAAAUCAAGACCAUGAGAAGACAUUUUACCAUUUAGCUACUUUUUAUAACUAAAUACUCUUUAAAUAUUUUUAUUUCAAUACUGUGGAUGGAAAUGAGAAGCAUUCUAAAUUUGAGUUAAUAUAUUUUUAUGAAGAUAUUUGAGAAAAGAAAAAAAUAGCUUGUAUUCAGGUUCAUUGGCUUUUGCUGGAUGAUCCACCUAAAGAAGUUACCUAAUUUGGCCUUUUAAAAAAGGUGUUAGUGUUUAUUAUAGCUACUUUCAAGGAAAGUUUGAAUAUGAUUCUAGUCUCUGAAGUUCUUCACGUUUUCUGACAUUCCCUGGAGGGUGACUGGGGAAGAAUUGCUCCAGGGUAGAAGAACCAGGCCCAAGACUUUACCAUUCUGUUCUAGAGACAAAGGAUACUCAAUGAGGAGCUUUUUUCCCCUCUUGGAACAGGUAAAAUGCUUUUUCUUAUUAAUAUAAUUAUAAAACAGUAUUUUAUGUAACAGCUAGUCCCAUAUUCUAGGAGUGGCCUAAGAAAUGCGUGUUUCAGUGACUAGAUUAUAAAUAUUCUCUAUUGUGAAUAGUUGAAUAUAACAGCUGUUUUUUUCUGCUUCCUAUUCUUGUGAUAUGAUAAUUUUUUGAAAAAAGCACAGCAGUCCAACUAAAGAGAUCUCUUACUGUUUGAAAGUCAUAGCAGCCAGUUAUUUUACUCUGGAGCUUAGAGUUCUUUUUUCACAUGAAGUAAACGAAAGUAGAAAAUUGCUUUACCAUUCCAGCAGAGUAAGAGGAUAUGAGCUUAACAGUGUAUGUCAGUCUUUUAGCAUAUUAUAUAUGAUUUUUAAAAGUGGUUCUGAGGUCACAUUUUUUAAGGCUUGAUUAUUUAAUGAGAAAGGUAUGAUUCAGCAUAUGAAUAUUUGCUUUUAGUCCACCUUUUAGAUAUAAAACAAAGUCCAGGAAUGUGAUAAAUAUUUGUGUGGAUAUGUGGAUAACCAAAGGGUCUAAUCCCCAUCAGAGCACAAGUGACCAAUACAUGUCACAAAUUCUUUAUUUUCCAAACAUAUACAAAUACAUUUAUACUUUACUUUGGCAGCAGAAACUAUACUUCUGGUGAAAAAUCAGCUUAAAAUAGAAACUCAUCAGCUAUUUCACAGCUGUAUUAUGCCUUUAAUUUUCUUGUUAUACAUAUGGAGAAUCACAGUGGGACUACAAAAUUAUACAUCUAUAUUUGAGUAUUCUAUGUGAAUUUGAGGAAAUACAUUUGUGCAUUAACUUACAUAAGCUUAUAUGUAAGCUUAUGUUUAAACACACACACACACACACACACACACACACACAGGCACACACAUAUCCUGAGGCUAUAUUAAGCUACAGCCUUAAUUUGUUUUUUAACUAGACAAAUAAUGAGCACCUACUGUGUGCUUAGCACUAUGCUGGCACUUAAGAGUGGGGUGGGAAAUAAUGGGUGUAAGACAACCUCAGUCUUCCAUGCUGAGUCAAAUCAUCCACAUAACGCUUUUGAAAAAUGCGACAGUACCCAAUUCAGUGUUAGAAUUACUUGUGUCAAAAGUUUAGAGACCUGUGUCAUCUGCAAUAGGGAAGGUUUCAGAGAUCUGUUUGGUGACAGGCUUGUGCAUAGUAUGUUUUGAAUCUAAGAGAUGUAUAAGAGUAGGCGUGAGCCACUCUGCCCAGCCUGUGUGGUGUAUUUUUAACACUUCUGUUUUUAGAAUAUGCAAGAAACACAUGGGGAUGGUUUUAUUUUUAUAAUUGGUUAAAAAAGUUUCUCAAAGUGAAGUUUAGGAGUGAGUUUUUGUAAUUUGAAGAAAAGUAUCUUAAAAUUCAAAGAUACCAAUGGAAAGAUAAAAGUUUGGGUUUUAGAGGAAUACAUAUUUCAUUUUUAAAAUUCAUAAUUUGCUUCAUACUAAGAAUAUGAAGAAUCCUUUACACUUAAUGGUUUUGUACAGCAAAGUUUAAAAAUAAUUUACAUUAAAUGGCAAGUAUGACUUGGAUCAAUAGCUCUUCAGUUAAUCAGAAAUGAAGCAAUUUUACUUGAAAGUCUAGCCCAUUUCAGAUGUUCAGAGCAUAUAUUUUCUUUUUAGAAGUUUGUCUUCAAGUACUGAGAACUAAUGCUUCUAAUCCCUGGCAAUAUCAAGAGAGCGAUGUAUAAUAAAUAUAUAAGUAUAGUGUCAGUACAAACCUUGCAAAAUAAAUUUACCUUAAACACCAACUCAAUCUACUUUUGCUUUAAAAAAUUGUUAGGUUUCUUGUUAAGACAUUGCAAUUCAGUAGAUAUUAAAUUAUACAUCAUUCUAAAUUCAUUUUGAAAACCAAAAAUGAGUAAUCUAAUCUAUGAUUAAGCAAUAACCUUUUUUAAAGCAACCCUAUUAACUGAAUAAGCAAUAACCUUAAAAAAAACCAAUAUUAUUUCUAUAUGUAAAAAAUCCUAAAGAGGAGUGCACUGUGGUACACAAUACAGGAACUAAAUUGAAUUUUAAUGACUCUUAUGUUAUAGGACAUAUUUACACUUGAAAUGCCCCAAAGCUUCUAAUUCUCGGCCAUAAAAUGUAUGGCUAAACUUCCUUUCCUGUUUUCAGAUCUUUGUGCUCCUUGUUCCCAGUUCUCUUCUCUUAGUUGUGUUGGCAAAUUAAGGUCCUUGGGCCAAAUCUAGCCUGCCACCUGUUUUUGUAUGGCCCCUGAACUAAGAAUAGUUUUUAUGUUUUGUUUUUAAAUGGUUGAAAAAAAGUCAAAACAAGAGUAUUAUUUGUGACAUGUGAAAAAUAUAUGAAAUUCCAAUUUCAGUGUCCAUAAAUAAAGUUUUAUUGGAAUACA